CGGUUCCCAGAGGAAGGGGGCGCUGUUGGAAGUGAAGCUACGAAAGUAGAAGCUGCCUCCGCCGCGUCGGGAGAGCCGGAGUUGCUUCUCAGCAACAGCUGCCGCCGCCUCCACCCCCUCCUCUCUCUCUCCCUUUUCCCUAGCCGGGUCUCCGGCGGCCGCCAUGUUAGGUCGGGAUGAUGAACUGGGGCUGCCUUGAAGGGGACCCGACGCCUCGCCGCCCGCCUCCUGGUGCGCGUGUGGAAAGGCGAGCAUCCCGGCUCCUCCCUCUCCUCUCGGCCUGGGCUUGCGAUACGGCCUCUGGAGGCGACGGUAGGGCUCGCCGUUUCCCUGGGAGUCCCUGGCCGGAGGCUAUGGGGCGCUUGUGGCAGGGCUGAGCACGUCGGACUGUAGCUGAGUCCGAGGAGUAGCAGAGACGCGAGUCCCCCCCUCCACACAGCGAGAUUCGCCGCCGGACCAACUCCGCUUGUUCUGAAGCGGAAGCGAGAGCGCCCUCUCCCCUGCGAGGGGGAGGCUCGGCGGUUUCUCCCGGAGUGACCCACGGACAGCAGAAAAGACCAUGGGGUGCAUUAAGAGCAAGGAAGACAAAAGUCCCACCAUGAAAUAUAGAACUGAGAAUACUCCAGAUACAAUUACUUCCCCUGUCAGCAAUUAUGGAUCUGAUUCAACCCAAGCUAAUCAGUCACCUGUAGUAAAAGGAUCAUCGAUUAAUUUUAAUAGCCAUUCCAUGACUCCUUUUGGUGGGUCAUCUGGUAUGACACCUUUCGGAGGAGCAUCUUCUUCAUUUUCUCCAGUGCCAUGUCAAUAUCCUAGUGGUCUAACAGGGGGUGUUACUGUUUUUGUGGCCUUGUACGAUUAUGAAGCAAGAACUAGAGAUGAUCUUUCAUUCAAGAAAGGCGAACGCUUUCAGAUAAUCAAUAAUACGGAAGGAGACUGGUGGGAAGCAAGAUCUAUUGCAACAGGAAAGAGUGGCUACAUUCCUAGCAAUUAUGUGGCUCCGGCAGAUUCCAUUCAAGCAGAAGAAUGGUAUUUUGGUAAAAUGGGCAGGAAAGAUGCAGAAAGAUUGCUUUUAAAUCCUGGGAAUCAACGUGGUAUCUUUUUAGUACGAGAGAGUGAAACUACAAAAGGUGCUUAUUCCCUUUCUAUACGUGAUUGGGAUGAGAUUAGAGGUGAUAAUGUGAAACACUAUAAAAUUAGAAAACUUGACAAUGGUGGAUAUUAUAUAACAACAAGAGCACAAUUUGAAUCUUUACAAAAGCUGGUCAAACACUAUACAGAUCAUGCUGACGGCCUGUGUCACAAAUUAACAACUGUGUGUCCAACUGUGAAACCUCAGACACAGGGCUUAGCAAAGGACGCCUGGGAAAUCCCUAGAGAAUCCUUACGGCUAGAAGUUAAGCUGGGCCAAGGGUGCUUUGGUGAAGUUUGGAUGGGAACAUGGAACGGAACAACAAAAGUUGCAAUCAAAACUCUAAAACCUGGUACAAUGAUGCCAGAAGCUUUCCUACAAGAAGCUCAGAUCAUGAAGAAAUUAAGGCAUGAUAAACUUGUUCCACUUUAUGCUGUAGUUUCGGAGGAGCCUAUCUACAUUGUCACUGAAUUCAUGACAAAAGGAAGCUUACUAGAUUUCCUUAAGGAAGGAGAAGGAAAAUAUUAGCUUCCACAACUGGUUGAUAUGGCUGCACAGAUUGCUGAUGGCAUGGCAUACAUUGAAAGAAUGAAUUACAUUCAUAGAGAUCUUCGAGCAGCUAAUAUACUUGUAGGGGAUAAUCUGGUGUGCAAAAUUGCUGACUUUGGAUUAGCAAGAUUAAUAGAAGACAAUGAAUACACUGCUAGACAAGGGGCCAAAUUCCCAAUUAAAUGGACAGCACCUGAGGCUGCACUAUAUGGUCGGUUUACAAUUAAAUCUGAUGUCUGGUCAUUUGGAAUUUUGCUGACAGAGCUUGUAACAAAGGGGCGUGUGCCAUACCCAGGAAUGGUCAAUCGGGAAGUUUUAGAGCAAGUGGAACGUGGAUAUAGAAUGCCUUGUCCUCAGGGAUGCCCAGAAUCUCUCCAUGAAUUAAUGAAACUUUGUUGGAAGAAAGAUCCCGAUGAAAGGCCAACGUUUGAAUACAUUCAGUCUUUCUUAGAAGAUUAUUUUACUGCUACGGAACCACAGUACCAGCCUGGAGACAAUUUAUAAAUUGAUGGCUUACAUCCCAUGCACAAACAUGCCAAAUGUAGAGUACUUUUUUUAAAAAAAAUUCCUUGCUAAUUGAAAGAACUCAAAAGAAGGCAAAUUGCAAUUUGCAUGCUCUUGUUAGCUGGCAAACUGGAAUUCUGAAAUAGGUUGCACAAAACCACUUUUUAAAGUGUUAUAAUACCUAAAUGUAUCAAUGAUAUAUUUUUCUCCCAUAUUAUACAGGGUCCAAAAGAAACACUGAAAAAAAUGGGUGGUAAAAUUAACGUUGCUAUAACAAGUGGAGCUGCUGAUUUCUUUUCUCUUUUUCCUAACAUUUAGGUCAUUAUUAAAGGCAACAUCAGCUAUUUAAAUAAACUUAUGAAUGGAAAUGGUCAAAUAAUAACAAUAACAAAAUAGUUUAUGGGACCAACAAUACUAUUAUGUUAGAGUUAAGAGGGCUUUAAUAUAAAGUUUUCUUCUAGGGGCUCAUUUCCUAGGGUAGCUCUCAGCAGAUGCCAGCACCUGACCAACCUUCUCUGAGCUUAGAAAUUAGACUGAUUAGUUUCAGGAAUACUGUGGCUGUAGACUAGAUAGGAAAAUGGAAAAAAUAUGGAUGAAGAAAAUGGUAAAUUAACCCUGUAUUGUUGCCAAGAAUACUAUGGAUACGUAUGUGAAGACACCAAGAGUCUACUUCAGCUCAAAAAAAAUUUACUUUUAAAGCAAGUAAUUUAAUAAACUUGAUUAAAUACUAGACCUCAAUAAUGGAACUGAAAAGCAUGUUGCACUGUGCUGAAACUUUAUAUUACUAUACCAUAACUGGAAAGUAGCAUAUUUUAUUUCCUACAUAGUUCAAUUAAGAAUGAAAUUAACUUCCGAAACCAUUAAUUCAUUUUGUAAUUAAGUUACUAGAGUACAAUGUUAAACCUGAAACUGCAAAAUGCAAUCAGAGGGAUAAGGUUAAGAUAACAUCUUAACUUCAAGAUGUAGUGUUUAAAGUUCCAAUUCUAGUGAAACAUGUUCCUUAUUUAAUUUUUUUUAGAAGGCACAUCUGAAAAAGGAAAUAAAGUGGCAAAUGCUUAUGAAGGUUAUCCAAUUAAAAUGUUCAGGGAUUCA